AUGGCCCCACAGGGAGAGCAGUGCUGGCGCAUAGUCCAGGUCCUGGGGCUGGGGUCGACCCUACCUCAAGUCAAGCCAAGCAGCAGUUUGGUAAGGUCAGUGAAUAAUUUCCUGAUGACAGGCCCCAAGGCCUAUCUCAUCUACUCCAGCAGCGUGGCGGCCGGGGCACAGAGCGGCAUCGAAGAGUGCAAGUUCCAGUUUGCCUGGGACCGCUGGAACUGCCCUGAGAGGGCACUGCAGCUCUCCAGCCACGGCGGGCUGCGCAGCGCAAACCGAGAAACAGCUUUUGUCCAUGCCAUCAGCUCUGCAGGCGUCAUGUACACGCUGACCCGGAACUGUAGCCUGGGGGAUUUCGACAACUGUGGCUGUGAUGACUCCCGCAACGGACAGCUGGGGGGGCAAGGCUGGCUGUGGGGAGGCUGCAGCGAUAACGUGGGCUUUGGGGAAGCCAUUUCCAAGCAGUUCGUGGAUGCCCUGGAGACUGGACAAGAUGCCAGAGCUGCUAUGAACCUGCAUAACAAUGAGGCGGGUAGAAAGGCGGUGAAAGGGACCAUGAAGCGGACUUGCAAAUGCCAUGGCGUGUCAGGGAGCUGCACCACCCAGACCUGCUGGCUGCAGCUGCCCGAGUUUCGGGAGGUGGGCACUUACCUCAAGGAGAGGUACCACAAAGCCCUGAAGGUGGACUUGCUGCAGGGGGCAGGGAACAGCGCUGCCAGCCGGGGUGCCAUCGCCGAGACCUUCAGCUCCAUUUCCAAGAAGGAGCUGGUCCAUUUAGAAGACUCUCCUGACUACUGCCUGGAGAACAAGACGCUGGGGCUGCUGGGCACGGAGGGCAGGGAGUGCCUGAAGCGGGGCAAGGCGCUCAGCAAGUGGGAGAAGCGGAGCUGCCGGCGGCUGUGUGGGGACUGUGGGCUGGCAGUGGAGGAGAGGCGAGCUGAGAUGGUGUCCAGCUGUAACUGCAAGUUCCACUGGUGCUGCGCUGUGCGCUGGGAGCAGUGCCGCAAAAGGGUCACCAAGUACUUCUGUGUCCGCAAGGAGAAGCGGGAGCCAAGCUCAAAAGAAAGCUCUAACUUGCCUCUGCCCCAUAGGCAUUUCCCAUUAGUGCAGUCGGUGAUGACUUCUGGGAAGACCCUCAAGGGUUGA